CUCUCUUUUGGUCUAUCAGGAGUGUGAGCAGCGGUCUGACAGUGAGAAUAUAGCGGUGUGUGACUUGACUUCUCUCUCUGAUCCUGACUAUGGGAAGCCGUGUGCAGCCCAUCAACUCCAGAGACCCAUGUUCUCCAACCAGGAAUACUAUACCAAACUAGAGGAGCUGAAGAGAGAACACCUGAGAAACAUGGCUGAGCUGGAAAAACUCUAUCUGAGCCAGUUCAAACCUGGUCAGAGAGAAAGACAGCUCAUUACCUGCUGGAGACAAAAUGGAGAAGAUACAGAGAGUAGUGAACAGAUGGAGCUCAUUCAGGUUGGCAGCAAGGUAUCAGUGGGACGUCUGAAGAAUGGUGUUUCUGCUCUGAAGAUAAAGGCACGGCAGCACUCAUUAGAGGAGCACAGGAAGUUGUGUCACUCCCAGCAGAACUCAUCUCACAGUGCAACCAAUCAGGUAAUGGACAGCCUGAGACAAAAUUCUAAAGUAACCAUUCCCAAACCAUUUCGCAUGAUGCUUCGUGAGGAGGAUCGCAAACGGCGCAAUGUGAAAACUCGCUCUGAGAUGGAGUUGGAAAAUGAGAGAUUGAAGAAAGAGCUGGAUGAGCUGAAAGAAUGUGGCAAGAAGUUUCGCGCUAAGCCGGCCCCCGCUACCACUCACUUGCUCUUCUAUGACAUCAUCAAUAAGCGCCCGAAUAAGCUGCAGCAACAAAAAAAUCAGAUUAACCAAACGGAUCAUGGUCACCGUGGAAACCACCACCAACAAGGCACUCAGCGCCAUGCCUCUCCUCUUCCACAGCAACCAUUUAGCUUCAUUGAAAGAGAGCGAAAGAAGAGAGAAAAAAAAUUAGCAGAUGAGCUAAACAACAUGUCUCCCAAAACAGAACGAACGGCAUUCAAAGCCAGACCGGUGCCAAGGUCUCUAUAUAGGCCCAGCUCACCGAACUCCCACAUAUACGGGGCAGUUAAUCUGAAUAACAGACGCUCAGCACUGCCCCCUAGCAUCCUGGAGGACACACUGCAGGAGAGAGAAGAGGUAGAGAAUGAGUAUGAUGAUGAAUUUUCAAGGCCAGAGAGCACAGAUAUAUCACGCUGCAGCAGCAACCUCAAGAAAUGGAAAAACAAGGGUGUGCUGCAGGUGGAGGAGGAAAUGGAGAGAAAGAGCAACAGAGAGAGAGACCGAGACUGGUCCUACAUUCAUCCACUACGUAGGACCAGCCUCUGCCACAGCCAAGAACCCCUGAACUCCUGCAAGAGUGACUAUAUCAGUGUCUAA